AUGCGGCGGACGUGUAAUACGUGGAUCAUUGCGCCGCGCGUGGUAGAGUGGCGGGCGUUGCAGUCACUGACCGAAGCACGUGCCGCAAAAGUCUCCUUUACUCCUGCCAUGCCUCAGAACGAGUACAUUGAGGAGCACAUUAAGCGCCAUGGGCGGCGGUUAGAUUACUACGAGCGCAAACGCAAGCGCGAGGCCCGUGAAUCUCACAAAGCCUCCGCGAUAGCGCAGAAGACAUUCGGUAUCAAGGCGAAACUCCUUCACGCCAAGCGCCAUGCGCAGAAGGUCCAGAUGAAAAAGACGCUCAAGGCGCACGACGAGAGGAACGUCAAACAGGCGGAUACAUCUGCGCCAGAGGGUGCCCUUCCCGCAUACCUGCUCGACCGAGAAGGCCAGAGGGAUGCGAAGGCGCUCUCGUCGGCGAUCAAAGAGAAGCGGAAGGAGAAGGCGGCAAAGUAUGCCGUGCCCUUGCCCAAGGUCCGAGGCAUCGCGGAGGACGAGAUGUUCAAGGUGAUGCGAACCGGAAAGAGCAAGAGCAAGAGCUGGAAGCGGAUGGUCACGAAGGCGACGUUUGUCGGAGAGGGCUUCACGCGCAAACCGGUGAAGAUGGAGCGGUUCGUCAGGCCGAUGGCGCUGCGGUACAAGAAGGCUAAUGUAACGCAUCCCGAUUUGAAAGCGACGUUCCAGCUUCAAAUCCUCGGUGUCAAGAAGAAUCCGCAAUCACCGAUGUAUACACAGCUCGGUGUUCUCACAAAAGGAACCGUAAUUGAGGUCAACGUAUCGGAGCUGGGCAUGGUCACCGCAGGUGGCAAGGUCGUGUUUGGGAAGUACGCUCAAAUCACGAACAAUCCAGAGAACGAUGGCUGCAUCAACGCCGUCCUUCUCGUCUGAGGUACUUGACGCUGCUCACGUCUUCUGCAUGUAUUGGUAGUCUAUGGUCCUAUGUCCUAAUAAGAUGCAUUAUCCGUUGGAGGGA